UUUAUUUUUCCUUUGAAUAUAUUUAACCCAAAUGAAGAACAUAAAAGGGACACUCACAAAGCUACAUCACACUACAGAGUGCUACUAAGAGACAGAACCAGCAUCUUCCAAUGUUUGGAUUUUGACCGCCAUAAUAUGCCGCAAAAGUCCCAAAACCGGUAUUUUGAAAUGACCAAAAUACCCCUCUUCUUUCUCGAAUUUCCUUUCCAUUUGUUAAUCUUGCUCAGCGUCGCAGUACCCUCCAAAGUAAUUUCGCAAACGGCAAGCACCGAACAAACAAUUCUACUUACCAUCAAAAGCCAACUGGGGGACCCACCGUCGCUCCAGUCGUGGAAACCGUCACCGUCCUCGCCGUGUAACUGGCCGGGAAUCCAGUGCACCGGCGGCGUCGUCACGGAGCUGCUCCUUCCCAAUAAAAGCAUCACCACCCAGAAGCUCCCUUCCGUAAUCUGCGACCUCAAGAAUCUGAACAAGUUGAACCUCUCCGAUAACUCAAUCGCCGGCGGGUUUCCGACAUGGUUGUACAACUGCUCCAACCUCCGGCAACUCGACUUAUCGCAGAAUUACUUCGCUGGCGUGAUCCCCGGCGACAUUGACCGCCUCAAAACGCUCACGCUCCUCAACCUCGGCGGGAACAGCUUCUCCGGCGAAAUCCCGGCUGCGAUCGGGAACCUGACGGAGCUGCAAACGCUGCACCUUUUCCAGAACAACUUCAACGGAACACUCCCCAAGGAAAUCGGGAACUUGUCGAAUCUCGAAAAUUUGGGUUUGGCUUAUAACUUUAAGCUUGUGCCCAAGGAGAUACCUUUGGAGUAUGGAAACCUGAGGAAUUUGAAACUCAUGUGGAUGCCACAGAGUAACUUGAUUGGCGAGGUUCCAGAAAGUUUCGGGAAUCUCGUGAAUCUGGAACAGUUGGAUUUGUCAAUAAACAGUUUAACAGGUAGCAUUCCUAGGAGUUUGUUCUCGCUAAGGAAGUUGAAGUUUUUGUACCUAUAUAGAAAUAGGUUAUCGGGUGUGCUACCCAGUUCGGCGCAGGCUUUGAACUUGAUCCAGAUUGAUUUGGCUUUUAACAAUUUGACGGGUUCCAUACCCCAAGAAUAUGGAAAGUUGAAGAAUUUGACGAUCUUGCACUUGUAUUUUAAUCAGUUGUCUGGUCAGAUACCCACAAGCUUAAGCCUACUUCCAAGUCUUGUGGAAUUCAGGGUGUUUGGCAAUAAGUUGAAUGGAACAUUGCCUCCAGAACUAGGCCUGUAUUCGAAGCUUGAGUAUUUUGAAGUUUCUGAUAAUCAACUGAGUGGUGGGUUGCCACAACAUUUGUGUGCUGGUGGUGCUUUGCUGGGUAUGAUUGCUUUUUCCAAUAAUCUUAGUGGGAACUUGCCUGAAUGGCUUGGGAAUUGUUCUUCUCUUAUCAGGGUUCUGCUAUCAGAUAACAAGUUUGCAGGGGAGGUUCCUUCCGGUUUGUGGACUCUGAGGAACCUCUCAGCCUUGGUGUUGAGCAACAACUCCUUUUCUGGUCAACUUCCAAGUAAACUAUCUUCGACUAUGUCAAGGCUUGAUAUUAGAAACAACAACUUUUCAGGUCAGAUAUCCUCUGGAACCUCAAAUCUAGUGGUUUUUGAUGCAAGAAACAACAUGCUUUCGGGUGAAAUCCCAAGGGAAUUGACGGGUUCUCGGCUUAAUACUCUCAUGCUUGAUGAUAAUCAACUUUCUGGUGCACUUCCAUCUCAGAUAAUCUCAUGGCAAUCACUAAAUACUUUGACACUAUCAAGAAACAAACUUUCAGGCCCUAUCCCCAUAGCUAUGGCUAGUCUUCCUAACCUGGUUUACUUGGACUUGUCUCAAAAUGCCAUAUCAGGUGAAAUCCCACCUCAAUUUGACCAAUUGAAGUUGAUUUUUCUCAACUUGUCCUCCAACCAGCUAUCCGGGAACAUCCCUGAUGAGUUUAAUAACCUUGCAUUUGGAAAGAGUUUCUUAAACAAUCCUCAUUUAUGUGCUUACAAUCCAAAACUCAACCUUUCUAACUGCUUGACCAAAACCCUGCCACCCUCUAGCAAUUCGUCUUCAAAACACCUUGUCUUGAUUCUUUCCAUCACCAUCUUUGUGUUGCUGGUCACUGCCUCCUUGAUCCUCUAUACGUUGAAAAGGCACAGGGGCAAAAGGCACUGCAGGCGUAAAGUUUCAACGUGGAGGCUUACCUCAUUCCAGAGGCUUGAUCUCACUGAAAUAAACCUCUUCUCAAGUUUGACAGAUAAUAACCUCAUAGGAAGUGGAGGGUUUGGGAAAGUUUACCGGAUUGCUUCAAACCGUCCGGGUGAGUAUGUUGCAGUGAAAAAGAUUUGGAAUUGCAAAGAUGUGGAUAACAAACUUGAGAAAGAAUUCAUGGCUGAGGUUGAAAUCCUUGGCAAUAUUCGGCAUUCCAAUAUAGUGAAGCUUUUAUGUUGUUAUUCGAGUGAGAACUCCAAACUUCUUGUUUAUGAAUACAUGGAAAAUCAAAGCCUUGAUAAAUGGCUUCACGGAAAGAAGAAAAUAUCAGCGACUGGGUUGAGUUGGCCAACGAGGUUGAAGAUUGCCAUAGGGGCUGCACAAGGCCUAUGUUACAUGCACCAUGAUUGCUCGCCACCCAUUAUCCACCGAGAUGUCAAGUCCAGCAAUAUACUACUGGACUCAGAGUUCAGGGCUAGAAUAGCAGACUUUGGACUCGCCAAGAUGUUGGCAAAGCCUGGGGAGCCACACACCAUGUCUGCUCUAGCAGGGUCAUUUGGCUACAUUCCACCAGAAUAUGCCUAUUCAACUAAGAUUAACGAAAAAGUGGAUGUAUAUAGCUUUGGGGUUGUACUCCUAGAGCUUGUGACGGGAAGAGAGCCUAAUAAAGGAGGUGAGCAUGCAGGUAGCCUAGUUGAUUGGGCGUGGCAGCAUCAUAGUGAAGGAAAGUGCCUUUCGGAGGCCUUCGAUGAGGAUAUCAAAGAAACACGUUAUGCAGAAGAGAUGACUUGUGUCUUCAAAUUAGGCCUCGUUUGCACAAGCUCGUUACCUUCGACAAGGCCUUCCGCUAUAGAGAUUUUGCAAGUCCUUCGUCAGUGUUGUCAUUCAGGUUUUGCACGUAAACUACUAGCAACAGAGAUUGAUAUUAGCCCUCUUCUUGCUGAAACAAGGUACAUCUCUAGUUACAAGGAUAGUAAUGCUGUAAGCGAAAACGAUGAAAGUAGCUUGUACAGCGUGUAACAAGUAUUCUGCACGAAGAAUAACUCAAAAGAAUGGUUCCAUGUAUUCACUACCGUCUUCAAUGACAUCAGAGUACUAGUCUCAAAAUAUGGUAUCGUACUGUUUCACUGGGGAAGUGAUGCAAGUUUUGGAUAUGAUUAACUACCCAAUUUAUUUUAUAGGCUUUUCACAUUACAACUUUAUUUAAUCAAUAAGAUUGGCAAGUAAACAGCGUUAACU